AGGGCGUGGCAGGGCUGGUGGGUGGGGUCACGCUGCCCUAAGGCACGUGGACCUUGCGCUUCAAGGUGUUGCUCCGGGCGCUUGGCUCGCUGCUUGUCUGCACCUCACCUCGGGUGGCUCUGCGAGGGAACGCCGUGACACUUGGAACCCGGGGAAUGGACUCAGUGGCCCUAGAGGACGUGUCUGUGGACUUCACCCUGGAGGAGUGGACUUUGCUGGACCCUGCCCAGAAGACGCUCUACAGAGAGGUGAUGCUGGACACCCUCCGGAACCUGGCCUCUGUAGGAGAAAAAUGGGAAGAUCAGAACAUUAAAAAUCGGCUCAGAGACCAGGGGAACUGUGUAAGCACUUAUAUGGUAGAAAAAGACUGUGGAAAUAAAGAAAGUAAUCCAAGUAGAGAAACAUUUAGCCAGAUUCCAAAUGUUAAUCUGAAGAAAACUACCAGAAGAAAACCAUACGGAUGUUGUGUGUGUGGAAUAGUCUUCACGCGCCGUUCAACCUUUAUGAGGCACAUCAGACCUCACGAGCCCUGUGACUAUUGGAAAUCAUGUACAUGUAAGGGUCAAGGCAAAGCCUCCAGUUUUCUCCAGUCCUCUCUUAGACAUAAGAGGACUUGCCCUGCUGAGAAGCACUGUGAAUGGAGACAAUGUGGGAAAACCUUCAUAUCACAUAAAUUAUCUCAGAUCCAUGAAACCACUCACAGUGGAGAAAAAGGCUGCGAAUGUGAAAACGGUGGUAAAGCUUUCCACCAGCCCAAAUCUCUUCAAAUACAGGGAGGAAGUCAUUCUGGAAAGAAAACUUACACAUGCAAAGGAUGUGGAAAAGCCUUCAUUUCUCUACAAUGCUUCCAGAGACAGAUGAUAAUACAUAAAAGAGAUAUGCUUUAUAGAUACAAGGAAUGUGGGAAAGCCUUCAUUUCUCCCUGUACAUUAAGAAGACAUGAGGGCUGGGGAUUUAGCUCAGCGGCACAGCCCCUGCCUGGCAAGCGCGAGGUCAUGAGUUCGAUUCCCGGUACCGGAAAAAAAACAAACAAAAAAAGAAGACAUGAAGUAACAUGCACUGGUGAGAGGCCUUUUGAAUGUAAACAGUGCGAUAAAACUUUUAAGUGUUCUAGUACCUUUCAAGUUCAUAAAAAGACUCACACUGGAGAAAAGACCUAUGGACAUAAGCAGUGUGGAAAAGCCUUCAACUGUCACUCAACAUUUCAACUACCCCUGAGAACAUACACUGGAGAGAAGCCUUGUGGGUGUAAGGAGUGUGGGAAAGCCUUCAUUUCUCCCAGUACAUUAAGAAGACAUGAGGUACCGCACACGCAUGAGAGGCCGUUUGAAUGUGAACAAUGUGGUAAAGACUUUGAGUGUUGUACUGGUUUUCAAACUCAUGAAAGCUCUCCCACUGGAGAGAAGCCCUACCAGUGUAAGGAAUGUGGGAAUGCAUUCCGUUGUCCCAGUUCUUUUCAAAUGCAUGAAAAGAUUCACUGGGGGGAGAAAAAUACAGAUGUAACAUACGUGGGGAAAACUUUAUUCAUUUCCAGUCUUUGAAGACAUGACUCACUCUCAUGAGAAACACUGUAAAUGUAAAUAAUGUC